CAUGCACUAUAAGACCGUGGCGCAGAAACGUCAAAAGCCAAAUUUGUAGUCAAUUGGUUUUCGACCGAAUGGGUUGAGUGAGAUCGCGUCGUACACGCAGUAAAUCCGUACGCCGGAGAUUAGGAGGAAUUGGAAUUCGAAAAGCAAGGAACAAAUCACGAAAAUGGAUGAUUUAAUAACACUGAUUCGGACGGAAAUUCCGGAAGGAAGACAAAAUCUUCAGGAAAGCUACACGAAUCUCGAGCGGGUAGCCGAAUAUUGCGAGGACACUUAUUACCGUUCUGACAACAAAAAAUCUUCGCUGGAGGAAACUAAAAAUUACACCACUCAAUCUCUGGCUAGCGUCGCUUACCAAAUCAAUACCUUAGCAUACAACUUUCUGCAAUUGAUGGACCUUCAAGCCACUCAGAUGGCUGAAAUGGAAUCCCAAAUGAAUCAUAUAUCUCAAACGGUAAUGAUUCAUAAAGAAAAAGUUGCACGACGAGAAAUCGGUGUGCUGACUGCGAACAAAGUUAGCACCAGACAAUACAAAAUUGUGGCGCCUUUAAAUCCGGAGAAACCUAUCAAAUAUGUGCGGAAGCCGAUUGAUUACGGCUUGCUGGAUGACAUUGGCCAUGGCAUUGCGCUAACGAACAAUAAUCAAAAGAAACAUCGUGUGUCUAGCCAGGUUUCGAUACAGUCGAUAUCAACCAAUGUUUCGGUGGGGCCUCCACCGACCACAAAACCUCCGACACCACCGCAGAUGGCCCGGAAUGCUGGCCAUACUGGGACACUUGGCAAGAAUGCUGGCAAUACCGGUACGCUCGGGAAAGCUUCGCGGGAAUAUCGCACUCCACCCAUAGUGAUUCCACCGCAAGUACCGUCGCAUUAUGCUCCAAAUUUUCCGGUUGGACACCCCAGACGAACAUCGGGUGGUGAACGUGGACCAGGAUAUAGUGCUCUCCCAAUGCCAAUGCCCCCGAGCCAAGUGGCAAUGCAUCAUCCGCCCCAGGUGGGCAUGGUGCAUCCGCUUCCACCAACCAUUAUCCAGCACCAGUCGACAUUCGAUGAACGCAACAGUAUGCCUCCGCCACCGUCUCCAUUAACGGUAACGCAUGAAAUGCCCGACCAUGGUCACAUUGGAAUGCACACACUGAGCCGUAACUUGCCUCGUCCGGGCUCCCAGUCACCUCCACUGCCUCCUCCACCACCGCCAGAGGAAUCCGAUCAUGCUGACUUUGGGCGUCCUAGAAACACUCAGAGCUUGGUCGCUCCGAUUGUUCCCGAUGACCAGAAUUUGCCCGGUUGGGUUCCUAAGAACUAUAUCGAGAAGGUCGUUGCUAUUUACGAUUACUAUGCCGAUAAGGAUGAUGAGCUGAGUUUUCAGGAAAGUUCAGUGCUGUACGUGUUGAAGAAAAACGACGACGGAUGGUGGGAAGGAGUGAUGGACGGGGUCACUGGACUGUUCCCGGGAAAUUACGUCGAACCUUGCGUAUAAGUGUUCUUCAUGAUGAUGCAAAGUUGGUUGGUUGAACUGCUAUUUAUCCGUAAUUUAGUAAAACAUUAUAUAAUAAUUGUAGCUUAUAGACAACCACGAUAUGUGCUCCAAUGAAUUUGCGAGUGUUAUACGCAUAUAUUUGUUUCCGGAUCAUUUGAAAUUAUGUCUCAUUUACAGCAUUAUAAGUACACAAAUAUUUCUUGUAGAUAUAAUAAUAAUAAUCUGCACGACGCGCAGUCAUAUUGAGAACAAAUAUAAUCUUUUGCUGGGCUUCGUACAA